GGAUCUACUCCGUCGGGCUUUUGCACCGUUUUUCUGCCAAUCGGCUGUGCAGCCAGGAACCAGCUGCCACAUGACGUGGAGGGGAAAGGAAGCUGGAUCCUACAGUAUCAAGAGGGGCAGGAGUCGCGGUUGUUCCCCUUCGUGGACCUGAACGGUGGGGUUUUGAACUUUCGAUGUUGGAUCGACAAAUUGUCGUGGGCAUUGGCCAAUCAGAGCCCCUUACCCCCACGGACCCUGGUCGAAGUCUGCAUGAAGGGUCCAAGUUUGUUGGGAUUUUUUUCAUUUGUGUUGGGGAGCGGCCGCGUGCGGCGGCCUCACAUCCAAGGCGAAAAGAGGGUCGUGGUGUUAGUUUUAACGACAUGCAGGUGGAACAUGGCUGGACCAGAUCACAUGACGGCUCUCCUCCUGGCCGGACGGUAUGUUUUUCCUGUUCCGAGGAUGUGGCACAGAGCAAGCAAUGCUUCUUCUCUCGCUCGCAAUUCUCUACUGCGGUGGUGAGAUUGAUGACUGGGUGCCCCGUGCCUACGUCACAUCAUUGGGUCGGUCCCCUCUCAAGGGGUUCCAUUUGCUCCAACGUUUUGGUGGCAGUAUCUCCCAUGUGCAAUUCACAUGUCAAAAUGGCCUCGACACUUGCGAUUCGAUGCUUCUGUAGACGCAUUUCAUCGUGGGGGGAAGGGGCCUCACUCAGCAGCUCGCUGGGAAGCCUCCAACCUGCUAGGGGUUUUAUUCCUUCCUGUUUUGUCUGGCAAGACUUUGCUGCAUGUGAGGCCACCCCAUCAAAACCAGAAACAGGAAUAUUCAAGCUCAGUUCCCUACGGGUAUAUGAUUAUUCCAAGAGGAACAGAAGUGUGCCGCGUUAUAGCCACUUGACUAAGUUGUGUUGCCGCUUCAAACCUAGCACUAAUUUCAUAUUUCGAGAAGAGGCAUUCUCAGAGUGAGCACUGACAACUGAGAAAACUUCCUCGAAUGUCUCCAAUAAUACACCAAGGGCAAGGGAGACAUGUUUAGAAUGUUUCAAGCUUUCGUACAUUCUCUAACUCCCGAGCAGAUGUAUUGUCCAU